AUUUGGCUACAUGCUUAUUAAGGGCCUGAAUAAAGCUCUAUGUUGAAGGAUUAAUUUCCUUUGUUGUUGUUUUAUUUCCACCAAGUGAAUGUACUGGAUCUCUGAAGUAUAAAGAAAAUGGAUUUUGUCACUUUUCUCCAGCAAUCAUGGGAACUCUUUGUGACCCAGAGGAAGAUGAGCUGGAAAUAUAAGCUGAUCCUCUUUGCUCUUUGCACCUCCAUCAGUUUAAUAGCAAACCUGUUCCUGCUUCUACCUGGGUAUUCCUUCCUAUUGGACUAUCCAAUGCUUUCUAUCAUCACAGUCAAUAUUUUAUGGAUUCUCCUGUCUGCAAAUCUGUACUUUUUCCGGUCUCUUCGCUGCUUUGUGGUGAUAUUCUUUCUAUCUUGCGGAUUACGCGAAGGCAGAAACACUCUCAUUGCUGCUGGAACUGCUAUGGUGGUUGCUGGCAACAUCCAAAAUAUUUUUUUUAACCUGAAGCAGCUGGCAGAUAGUGUGACUUGUACUCUCGAUUCCCAGAAUUGGACUUUCCUUAACCUCACCCAUCUUAAAGCAAUUCGGUGGAUUUACAGUCAAUUGAAGAUUACAGAACAUCUAUUUGUGGUGCGUGACAGCUUAAAUGUGUCUUUCUUGGUUUCAGAUGAAAACCUGAAGUUGCAGCUGGAAAAAACAAGACUGGGCAUUCAUAACAUUACUAGCCAGAUCUCCUCCAUAAUAGCUCUACAGUCCUUUUUGGGCAAGAAAGUGCUGCCUUUUUUGGGGACAAUUUUGGUUCUGCUUGGGACGUAUCUCUUCAUCCGAAACUUCCUGAGCCCACAGACCAUCAAGUUUAAGAAUACGUACAUUACACGAGGGCUCAUCAAGUACAAUGAACAAGUAUGGCAGCAGCAAAAGCUCUCAGUGCUGCCCCUGAGUAAAGAAGAAAAAAAUGUAUACUCGAUGGUACCAUCUUUUUGCCAAACACCUAAAGAAAGGAAAUGCACAGCACGCUUUUUUCUCCCUGUGCUUGCUAACCUUUGCAUUUGGGUCCUGUUUGCAGCAGUAGAUUAUUUGCUUUACAGGCUCAUUUUUUCCGUGAGCAAGCAUCUCCAUGAUUUCCCUGAGCUAGAGGUCCACUUCAAAUUGUAUUACCAUAAAAAUGCAGCUAAAUUCAUCCUGAACAAUGGGGAGAUUGUUGACAAGACCAUUUACUUUAAGAUGCCUCUUUUUGAGGAGAACUGCAUUCCCAAACCAGAGAUAUCCCUCUCUACUAUAUGGAUCCAGCUUGGAAUUAUUUUGUUCUUUCUAAUAGUGUUGGGGCUUCUGACUUCUACACUCACACAACUUAAAAUAUUAGUGGCAACUGCAUUCUUUCCAAGCACAGACAUGAAACGGAUAAAGUAUCUGCACACAAAAUUAUUAAACAGAAGAUCCAAGUUCUCCAAGAAAAACAUGAAAAGGAAACUUAAUUCAUUUGCAAAGUUGCAUUUUUGGUUUCCCAUCCUCCAGGCACUGGGAAAUGCCAGGAAGAAAGAAACAAAUGUGGAAAAAGAAAAUCCUGUUUUACAGCAUUAGCCACAGGUUCUCAAGCUCAACAUUUUGCCUGGUGAAGAGCUCCUGAACUUGAAAUGUUUGUGUGUGUUUUGCCUUAAUAUGAAAUUUGGAAACAUUAAAGAAAUGCAAGGCUCUAUUAGUAAAAAUAAAUCAAAAACAUUUGCUUUAUUUUGUUUGUACUGGUUCACAUUUGACUGCAAAAUUGUGCCAUUUAGCUUAAGAUCAUUCAAUUGAGCAGACUAUUUUUGACACCCCAUCAAAACAUUAUUUCCUUUAAAAACAAAAACAAAAAACGGAGGUCAUUGUAAUGAGAAAAGCCAAGAUUGAGAUUAGAAUGAUGUUACUGUUAAGAGAUUUAUUUGUAAUUAAUGUAAAUAUGGACUGAG